AUGAUGGCUUUUGAUCGCUAUGUGGCCAUCUGUAACCCUCUGAGGUACCCCAUCAUCAUGAGCAAGGUGGUUUAUGCUCUGAUGGCUUGUGUGUCGUGGUUCUCUGGUGGAAUAAAUUCAAUUGUGCAAAUAUCUCUUGCCAUGCGAUUACCUUUCUGUGGAAAUAACAUUAUUAAUCAUUUCUUGUGUGAGAUCUUAGCUGUCCUUAAGCUCGCUUGUGCUGAUAUAUCCCUCAACAUUGUUACCCUAAGUGUUUCAAAUAUGGCCUUCCUGGUCUUUCCUCUUCUGAUUAUUUUUUUCUCCUAUAUGUUCAUCCUGUGCACCAUCUUGCAAAUGAAUUCAGCCACAGGAAGACGCAAGGCCUUUUCCACCUGCUCAGCUCAUCUGCCUGUGGUGAUUGUAUUUUAUGGUACCAUCUUCUUUAUUUAUGCAAAACCCAAGUCUCAAGUCCUCUUUGGGAAAAGUAGUUCCCAAGCUUCUGAAGGGCUUUUUUCCAUGUUUUAUGGGGUAGUGACUCCCAUGCUGAAUCCUAUAAUCUAUAGCUUGAGAAAUAAAGAUGUGAAAGCUGCUAUGAAAUAUUUGUUUUGUCGGAAAACAGGUAACAGAACCUAA